CGCCGCCGCCGCAGGGCCUCGUCCCGCCUAGCGUGGGGCUGCGCGCGCCCAGGUCGGGGCCCCGGCGGCCGACCAUGGUGCUGCCGCCCCCGGACCGGCGCCACGUGUGCCUGACCACGCUGGUGAUCAUGGGCAGCAUGGCGGUCAUGGACGCGUACCUGGUGGAGCAGAACCAGGGCCCGCGCAAGAUCGGCGUGUGCAUCAUCGUGUUGGUGGGCGACGUGUGCUUCCUGCUGGUGUUGCGCUACGUGGCCGUGUGGGUAGGCGCCGAGGUGCGCACGGCCAAGCGCGGCUACGCCAUGAUUCUCUGGUUCCUCUACAUCUUCGUGCUGGAGAUCAAGCUCUACUUCAUCUUCCAGAACUACAAGGCGGCGCGGCGCGGCGCGGCCGACCCGCUGGCGCGCAAGGCGCUGACGCUGCUGCUGUCGGUGUGCGUGCCCGGCCUCUUCCUGCUGCUCGUGGCGCUCGACCGCAUGGAGUACGUGCGCACCUUCCGGAAGCGCGAGGACCUGCGCGGCCGCCUCUUCUGGGUGGCGCUGGACCUGCUGGACCUGUUGGACAUGCAGGCCAACCUGUGGGAGCCGCCGCGCACCGCGCUGCCGCUCUGGGCCGAGGGCCUCACCUUCUUCUACUGCUACAUGCUGCUGCUGGUUCUGCCGUGCGUGGCGCUCAGUGAGGUCAGCAUGCAGGGCGAGCACAUCGCGCCGCAGAAGAUGAUGCUCUAUCCGGUGCUCAGCCUCGCCACCGUCAACGUGGUGGCUGUGCUGGCGCGCGCCGCCAACAUGGCUCUCUUCCGCGACAGCCGCGUCUCGGCCAUCUUCGUGGGCAAGAACGUGGUGGCGCUCGCCACCAAGGCCUGCACCUUUCUGGAGUACCGCCGCCAGGUUACUGCCACCGUGAGCCGUGCUGCUGUGACUGCUCCUGUGUGUGCAUCUCUCAUAUGUGCCAAGGAGUUUCCCUGGGUACACGGGCCUCUCACUGUCGUGGCCUCUCCCGUCGCGGAGCACAGGCUCCGGACGUGCAGGCUCAGCGGCCAUGGCUCACAGGCCCAGCCGCUCUGCGGCAUAUGGGAUCCUCCCGGACCGGGGCAGGAACCUGUGUCCCCUGCAUCGGCAGGCGGACUCCCAACCACUGCGCCACCAGGGAAGCCCUGGGUUUACUUUUAAAAUGCAAAAUGCCGUGUUCUUUCACUGUGAGUUGCUAAUUAAUUUUAUCCACCGGGUCCACCUGGCCUCCUGAGGAAGAACGUUCUGAGGUUCCUCCCCGGGCUGCCAGCCAUCCUGGGGCCACAUCCCCACGCCGGCCGAGCGUCCCUGCUGGAAAGAAGGCCCCUUCUUCACACUUCUCCUCCUGCUGGAAUGUGCACGUGGUGGCGGGUUGGAGAGCCGUGGGGUCACCUGCACCCACCCGCCCACCCGCCACAUGUCUGACUUGGUCGGUGGAGGGCGGUGUGAACUCUGCUCGCCAUGGGCUCUGCUCACGUGAGCCAUGCCGGUGACUUUUCCUUGUGGUCACACAGCUGAAUUUUGUCAUAGUGGACCCGAAACGGGUUUGGAGCGGAAGUUCUCUUAGCCCUCGUGUGUCUGGACAUGUGUCUUCUUGCUCCAUUUAAGUGACACUUCGUGGCAGUUAAGUCUGCCGGGUCCCGUGUCCCUGGCCUUCCUGUACUAACAGGCUGGAAAUGGACGUCUCCAAGCCCCACCCGCUUAGCCGUGUGACAGUUCUGGCCAAAAGGAUGAAGGUGGAUGUCGCUUCCCAAGUUCAGAAGUGACUCAAAGUGGUUUCUUGACCUUGCACAUCUGGGCCAGAUAUCCUCUGCUGUCUGUCCCCUGGUCCUCUGCUCUUGGACGUGCCCCCCAUCCUGCCGCCCCCAGGUACUGAGUGUUUCUGGUGCUGCAGUGGAAGGUGGGCUGCUGUGUGUUUCCCCUGCUGCUGACUUAGACUUCAGCUUUGACUGGAUCACCGGGUCUCCGCCGUUUCAGAUCUUGGCUGUGGCGCUCCAAGCCGGGCGACCUGGGCACCUGACUUCUGUUUCCUGGUCUGUAAGCUGGGGUCCUGUGAGGAUCAAACCGGGUGACCCUGUAACCCACCCAGGAGAGGGCCUGGCGCGUGGAAGCAGCCGGGUAGGUGUUUGCCUUCCUUGUCCGUAUUCUUAUUCUAAUGGGAUUUUGGGAGAGUACGUUUGUAAGUGCACAGGAUCAAUCCUUUAUGUUUCACUUGGAAGUCUCAAAAAAAAGCUCCACCUUUCAUUAAAUUGAAAAGAAAUAUUGCAGCUGAAAUAAUAAAUACACUGUGGAAGGGACGGAGCAUAGAAGUGUACGUGAUAACACUUGCUUUGGCUAAACCUGGGUGGAGAAACCAGAUCUCUUGCCGAAAUUUGGUUCUGCAGGAUCUCACUAGGGAAAGUUGUUCUUGACAAUCAUCAUGGCCGGGAAAGGACACUCAGUGACAGAAGACACAGUGGUGAUGUUUCAUCCAGUUGAACCUUGGCCCGCGAAUCAAGCCUUCACUGUAAAAUUUAUGUGGAAAAGAUUCUUUAUUCACUUUUUAUGAAAUGAGGCAGAAAACGGAGGACCUCGGGAAUGGUUUGCCCACAGCGGAGCUCGGGGACUUUCCACCCACCUCACGGCUGUUCGCCCCAGGAAACGUGUUCUUCCUGGGGGUUGAUGGGCCUCGGUGCUCACACGGUGCUGAAAGCUCACGAAUGCCUUGCAGGCCGACUGCAGGUUGUUGCAGGAGACUGCUGGUUCCCCACCCGAGGGGUCGCACACCUGCGCUGGGCUGUGGCCUGCAGGAGACACUCUGCAGCGCGGGGCGUGAGGGCUCGACUGCGCGCGCGGGUGCAUCGCGGGUCCCUGUGUCUGUGGCGCUGAGGAUGGGCCGACUUUCACUUCCUAGGAGGAGAGGCUGUGCACCUGCGGGGAGACGGGUGUCACGCCUAUGGAUGGCAGCGUGGGUGCAGGGGAGAGCAGGGCGGGUGGGGCUGUGUCAGGGCCUCCCCAGCAAGUGACGUCACGCUAGGACUUGAUCAUGAGCAGGAUUGGCUGCGGGGAGAGGAGGGACGUUUAUCCUGGCAGGUGGGAUGCCCCCAAAGCUCACCUGCCCCAGAGCCCACCUGGCUGGGGUGGGGCUGGCAGGUCGUGCAGUGGCGCAGGAUGGCCACCAGGGAGAGCCCGAGCCCCAGCCCUGCCCGGCGGCCCCUCCUGCUCGCACGGAGAGCCCCGCCAGAAGGUGUGUGUCCAGGUGGAGGGACGCCCGCUGGCCUCUGCAGGAACGCAUCACAACAUCACUUAGCACCGAAAAGAUUUCAAGGAAUUCUAACGCGUGCGUCCAGCAUGGAGGAACUCUGUAAGGGCACGUUUCAGUCUCAAAGUGAUAUUGUGGGAUUAGCUCUAUGAGGUUGAGGCGUCAAACUGCUCACUGAACCCAGCUUCUGAGAGAUAGGUCUGAAGAGGGACCAGCUUUGGGAUUGAUCCAGGUGAUCACAGUUUUAAGUUUAAUGUGUUAGGACAGCUGACACACCUGCCGUGUCCACACCUGCCACACAGGUGCCCAGGCACAGGGCCCGGCUCCCCACAGCGCAGGGCCCCCAGGUGUGCCUGGCGCCCGGUGUGACCCUUCCUGUAUGGUUGUUCCAAGGACCCCAAAGCUCACCUGCGCCGCAAGGACGUGGGGCGAGGAUGGGGUCCAGGAUGCACAUGCUCUCUGGGCCCCAGGGUGAACCCCGACACCCUCCUCCAGGUGUUGCUGGCCAUGCCCUCUGCCCCCUGCCCUCUGCCCCUGCCCGCCCAGGGGCCCCAGGUCUGGGCAGAGCCUCCUGCUGGCCGAGUGCAUGCGAUGCUGCUGGCGGCCACACAGGGGCAGCAGAGCUCAGCGUGUUCAGGGACCGGAUGUCCAGCUCACGGGGCCGCCCUGGGCCCUGAGGCCGGGAGUGGCCAGAGGGGACGCCUGCACGGAGGCCAGCCCCAGGCUCACCCGAGCCCUGCCCUAGGUCCCCUGACCCCAGCCCCAGGUUCAGCCUGGACCCUGUCCCCAGCGGGCCGAGCUUACUGGCAGUAGGUCACCCCUUGGUCCUGGGUCAUCGGGGCUGAGGCGGCUGCACCUGUGGUGAGUGUCCCCGCCGAGUGCAGCGUUUGGAGACCUCAGGGGACGCUGGGCCCUGGACAGUGAGACUGGUGCUUGGGGGACAGGACGAGGGCGCCCCCUCCUGGCCCCCUGUUCUUGCACCUCUGUGGUGGGGGUCCUGGGGGUUCUGGCAGGAGGGGGCGCCUGUUGCCUGCC